AUGCUCAACAGCGAGGCGCAUAUCAAAAAUGACGAAGUUGACCAGUACAUUAUCCACAAACAAGAAACAGCGAUAAACUAUGCAAACUUACCAGCACAUAUUUCAAGUCUGGCCGACACGAUCCCCCUACCAUUCCGGCCGGCUCCACUGCCCCGCCGCCGCCUCUUUGCUCUCGCUGCAUAUUUAUUCUUUUUCGCAUGA